GUUGUAUAGAUUUCAUACAAAAUUUGUAACGAAAUUCGCAUUCGCAUCACUGUCACAAAAACACACUAUGGUCGUCUGAAAGCAGCUGCACGCCACCGUCGAAGAAAAUGACGUGGCCGUGCAAUCCCGACGGAAACCACCACUUUGCAUCGCUUUCCCUUUCGAGGAAACCCAAGGAAUCCCCCACUCUCGCCAAAUCCUCCAAAUCGCAUCUCUCCAUCUCCAGUUCGCCCCCAAAAUCGCCUCAGGCCUCGGAUUUCUCGGCGCUUCCGUACGACGUGCUGGCGAGGAUCGCGGCGCCGUUCUCGCUGCCGAGCCUGAAGACGGCGUCGCUGGUGUGCAGGGCGUGGAGGGACGCUCUGAAGCCGCUGCGGGAGGCGAUGGUGCUCCUCAAGUGGGGGAGGAGAUUCAAGAGUGGGAGGGGAGGGGUGAAGGCCAAUUCGAAAAAGGCGCUCGAUUGCUUCCUCAAAGGGGCGGCGCGUGGGUCCACGCUCGCGAUGGUGGAUGCCGCAUCGAUCUAUUGGAGGAUGGGGAAGAAGGUCGAAGGGAUUGCUUGGUAUCGCAUGGCAGCGGAGCUCGGUGAUCAUACUGGACAGUGUAAUUUGGCCAUUUGUUAUUUUCAAGCUUAUCCUUUAAAGACCAGGGAUGCAAUUGGAUGGUUAUACCAGGCUUCCUUUGGUGGCCAUGUCCGUGCUCAAUAUCAGCUCGCACUUUGUUUGCACCAAGGUCGAGGGUUGAAGCGGAGUCUCCCAGAAGCGGCUCGUUGGUACCUAAGAGCAGCGGAAGGGGGAUAUGUGCACACAAUGUACAAUACAUCUCUGUGCUACUUGAUGGGUGAAGGUUUGGCGCAGUCCAACCGGUUGGCUAGAAAAUGGAUGAAGAGAGCUGCUGAUCAUGGCCACAGCAAAGCUCAGUUCAAGCACGGACUGUGUCUUUUUUCAGAAGGGGAUAUGAUGAAGGCCGUGGUGUAUCUGGAGCUGGCCACCCUAGCUGGGGAGAGAGCCGCUGCUGAUGUGAAGAAUUUCAUUCUCCAGCAACUUUCAGCAACCUGACGUGAUCGGGCAUGCUCCUUGUAGAUACCUAGCGUGAUCUGACUGCCCGACCCACCCUCUUGAUGUCCUUGCUUAAUACGAUACCGCAAACAGUUUCCUCAUCUCCAUGGGUAUAUAUCUUCCCCUUGAAUAAAUGCAGAUCUAUAUUUGAUGAUA